AGAGAGAGAUGGCUCAGUCGCUAGAGUUGCUUCUGAUUCAGUUCUUGAUGCCUGACAACGAUGCCCGAAGACAGGCUGAAGAACAGAUAAAGCGGUUGGCGAAGGAUCCUCAGGUAAUUCCGGCUUUAGUUCACCAUCUCCGCACCGCUAAGACCCCUAAUGUCAGGCAGCUUUCCGCUGUGCUUCUACGCAAGAAGAUCACUGGUCACUGGGCAAAGCUUUCACCCCAAAUGAGGCAGUUGGUCAAGUCUUCCCUUGUAGAAAGCAUCACCGUCGAACAUAGUCCUCCUGUUAGACGAGCAAGUGCAAAUGUGGUGAGUAUUAUUGCCAAGUAUGCUGUUCCAGCAGGAGAGUGGCCUGAUUUGUUGCCCUUUCUGUUCCAAUGCAGUCAGAGUGCUCAAGAAGACCAUAGGGAAGUGGCUCUGAUUCUCUUCAGCUCCUUGACUGAAACAAUUGGGAAUACAUUUCAGCCAUAUUUUGCAGAUUUACAAUCUCUUCUACUCAAGUGCCUUCAGGAUGAGACCAGUACCCGUGUCAGAGUUGCUGCCCUAAAGGCAGUUGGUUCUUUUCUAGAAUUCACUCAUGAUGGGGCUGAAGUGGUGAAAUUCCGAGAGUUCAUUCCCAGCAUUUUGAAUGUAUCACGACAAUGCCUUGCCAAUGGUGAAGAGGAUGUUGCUACAAUCGCUUUUGAAAUUUUUGAUGAGCUAAUUGAGUCUCCUGCACCUCUUCUUGGGGAAUCUGUAAAAUCUAUCGUACAAUUUUCUCUUGAAGUUUGCUCAAGUCAAAAUUUGGAAUCAAAUACUCGUCACCAGGCUAUUCAGAUAAUUUCAUGGCUUGCCAAAUACAAAUCCAACUCCCUGAAAAAGCACAAGCUGGUCAUCCCUAUCCUGCAAGUCAUGUGCCCUUUGCUUGCAGAAACUACUGAUGGAGAUGAAGAUGAUGAUCUUGCAGCAGAUAGAGCUGCUGCGGAAGUUAUUGAUACAAUGGCUACAAACCUUCCAAAACAUGUUUUUCCACCAGUUUUUGAAUUUUCUUCAUUGAGCUUUCAGAGCCUAAAUCCAAAGUAUCGGGAAGCAUCCGUGACUGCCUUGGGUGUUGUUUCAGAAGGUUGUUUUGAGUUGAUGAAACAUAAGUUGGAGCACAUUCUUCAUAUUGUCUUAGGAGCUUUGAAGGAUCCAGAGCAUAUGGUAAGAGGUGCUGCAUCGUUUGCUGUGGGCCAAUUUGCGGAGCACUUGCAGCCUGAGAUUGUAGCACACUAUGAAAGUGUUCUUCCCUGUAUUUUAAAUGCCCUGGACGAUGCAUCUGAUGAAGUGAAGGAAAAAUCCUACUAUGCUUUGGCAGCUUUCUGUGAGAACAUGGGUGAGGAAAUACUUCCUUACCUUGAUCCCCUGAUGGGCAGGUUACUUGGAGCACUUCAAAAUAGCCCACGUAAUUUGCAAGAGACAUGCAUGUCUGCUAUUGGUUCUGUGGCAGCUGCUGCAGAACAAGCUUUUAUUCCAUAUGCUGAGAGAGUUCUGGAGUUGAUGAAAAUUUUCAUGGUUCUUACCAAUGACGAGGACCUAUGCUCACGAGCAAGGGCAACUGAGCUAGUUGGCAUUGUUGCGAUGGCUGUUGGAAGAACAAGGAUGGAACCGAUAUUACCUCCAUUCAUUGAAGCUGCUAUAUCUGGAUUUGGUUUGGAAUUCAGUGAACUUAGAGAGUACACCCAUGGAUUUUUCAGUAAUGUUGCCGAAAUUUUGGAUGAGGGUUUUGUGCAGUACCUUCCACAUGUUGUUCCCCUAGCUUUUUCAUCAUGCAAUCUUGAUGAUGGCUCCGCAGUGGACAUUGAUGAGUCUGAUGGCGAUGACAGUGUCAAUGGAUUUGGAGGUGUGUCUUCGGAUGAGGAUGCUCAUGAUGAACGAAGAAUCCGCAAUAUUAGCAUCAGAACAGGAGUCCUGGAUGAAAAGGCUGCAGCAACUCAGGCCAUUGGCUUAUUUGCGUUGCACACAAAGAGUUCAUAUGCACCCUAUUUGGAGGAGUCGUUGAGGAUUUUGGUUAGACAUUCUGGGUACUUCCAUGAAGAUGUUCGUCUUCAGGCUGCUAUUUCCUUGAAACAUAUUCUAACAGCUGCACAGGAAGUCUUCCAAGGGCACAAUGAUGGGUCCCUAAAGGUGAAGGAAGUUCUUGAUACUGUGAUGAAUAUCUUUAUGAAGACAAUGACCGAAGAUGGUGACAAGGAAGUUGUUGCACAAGCAUGCAUGAAUGUGGCAGACAUCAUCAAGGAUUGUGAAUACAUGUUAGUUGAGCCCUAUAUGCCACGGCUGCUUGAGUCAACUUUAGUACUACUGCGAGAGCAAUCAGCUUGUCAGCAAAUGGAAUCUGAUAGUGAGAUUGAUGAUGAUGAUGCUGAGCAUGAUGAAAUACUUAUGGAUGCAGUUUCAGAUCUCCUUCCUGCAUUCGCAAAGUCCAUGGGAUCUAACUUUGGCCCCAACUUCUCAAAGCUGUUUGAACCUUUAAUGAAAUUUGCGAGAGCUUCACGCCCUCCACAAGAUAGGACCAUGGUAGUUGCAUGCCUUGCAGAAGUUGCUCAGGAAAUGGGUGCCCCAAUUGCAGGAUAUGUUGAUACUGUAAUGCCCUUGGUAUUGAAAGAAAUGGCAUCGUCAGAGGCGACUAAUAGGAGGAAUGCUGCAUUUUGUGUUGGCGAAUUGUGCAAAAAUGGUGGUGAGCCAACCCUCAAAUAUUAUGCAGACAUUCUUCGUGUGCUUUACCCAUUAUUUGGGGAAUCUGAGCCAGAUGAUGCUGUAAGAGAUAAUGCUGCUGGUGCUGUUGCAAGGAUGAUCAUGGUGCAUCCUGAGGCUAUCCCUCUGAACCAGGUUCUUCCUGUUUUUCUGAAAGUUUUGCCAUUGAAAGAAGAUCAUGAAGAGUCUUUGGCUGUUUAUACUUGUGUCUGUAAUCUAGUACUAGCCUCUAAUCCCCAGAUACUAUCUCUAGUCCCUGAGUUGGUGAAUAUAUGCGCACAUGUGGUAGUUUCUCCUGCUGAGACUCCUGAGGUUAAAGCUCAAGUCGGCAUAGCUUUCUCUCAUCUAAUUUCUCUAUAUGGCCAUCAAAUGCAACCCAUCUUGAGCAACCUUCCACCUGCACAUGCCAAUGCACUUGCAGCAUUUGCACCCAAAAAUUGAUGCCUGAAUAUGCCAGUGAAUCACACUUCUGCACAUUGCAGUCUGGGGGAUUAGAUGUCACUUCCAAGUUCGUUGUUUGUGAGAACAGUUUGUUUCACCCAUUUGUGAGUGAGAAAUGGUUGAAUCUUGCAUGAUGGUACCUGUCACACCUGGGUAUGUAAACAUGUUAGUAUUCCACGGCCUUUUCAAAAUUUCUUUGUUUGUGUUAUUACCUGUAAUGCUACCUUCUCUUCGGGGCCUUUAUGUUGGAUUUGCUGCCUCUCAAGCUGUCUCCAUUUUUCCCUCAUGGAGGCAUGGUGCCGUUUCAUCCAUAUUUUCUACAUUUUUUUGGUUUUUUUCAUAAUUAUUUUUUGAAUUAAUUGUGUAUAGGGAGCCUGUAAGUUUUAUCAUUUAUUUUAAUUUUUUUUGUUUUUGUUUUAACAGCAGAGUUGUGAAUUGCGUGAUUAUUAUACUGUCUUAGUAAAUAAGAUAAUUUGGCAUUGUCCGAGUAACAAGUAUGGUUUUGUAUCAUUCCAUGUGUAAUAUAUAAGAUUUUGUGAUUUGAUUACAUUG